AUGGAUAAGUUUCUCAUUCGUGUUCAACCUGGCUCUGCCAAACGGCCAGAGCCAGCAGCCUCUACAAGUCCAAAUCGAGAUACUGUUGAGGAUAAGCCAAAAAAGAAAAAGAAAAAGACCGUACAGAGACAAUCCACAGUAAAGUCUUGGGGCCUCGAUUGGCUCGAAGCUGAAGGCGACUCUGGUGGGAUCACUGUUUAUUGUAAGGCCUGUAGGGCGUUCCCCCCACCACCGGGAGCUGCCGGGCGGAAGAAGUUCGGCUCUGUUCAGGACCCUUUUACGGAGGGCACCAAAAACAUCAAGAAAUACAGUGCUGAGAGACACCAAGAAACCACAGCCCAUAAGACUGCAUACGAUGCUUGGAAAAAUAGGCACAUCAAGAAGACAGCUCCCAUAGUUGAGCAUAUUCAGAAGAUGGAUAGUGAACAGGAAGCAAGGGUGACAAAACUGUUUGAUAUUGCCUACCAUAUUGCAAAACAUGAACUCCCUUUUGCUUACUUCCCAUCAUUGGCUGGUCUUGAAAAGAGGCAUGGAGUUGAUUUGGGGAACACCUACAUCAACAGCAAGCAAGCUGCCAACUUUACUUCAUAUUUAGCAGCUGUCAUCAGAAGGAACUUGGUUUCUGAGAUCAAGUCAUCCCGAUACAUCUCGGUCUUAGUAGAUGGGAGCACAGACAAAUCAACCAGAGAAUUGGAAGUUAUGUACAUCAAGUACAUGAUGCAGGACACUGGAAUUCCACGCAUGAAAUUUUUUGGCAUAUGUGAUUUGGAACAAGCAAACGCAGCAUAUAUCAGAAAGUCAAUCGACACUGUGUUUGUCACCAAUGAUGUCCUAGACUACAGAGAAUGGCUUAUCAGGUUUGGUGCUGAUGGGGCAGCUGUCAAUUUUGGAAGAAAAGAAGGAGUCCUCAAGCAACUGGAGGCAGAGAUGCCCUGGAUAGUGGGCACGCACUGUGUGGCCCAUCGGCUGGAGUUAGCUGCUAAGGAUGCAUACAAGGACACCUACUUCACAAAAGAGAUUGAUGUUAUUCUAGCUUCGUAUGCAUCAUUUUACAGAAGAUCACCGAAGAGAGUGCGAGAGCUGAAUGAAAUCGCCGACAUUCUAGAAGAAAGUGUGAUGAGACCAACCAGAGUGGAUGGCACAAGAUGGGUUGACCAUAGGAAGCGUGCCAUAUUGGCUUUGGAUAGAAACUAUCCCAUAGUUGUCAAUCAUCUGACUGAAAUUGGCAGUGAUCAGAGAUCGGAUGUGAAGGCUGAAGAUGCUGCCAAAGCAAGGGGAAUGUUGAAGAAGCUAAAGUCUCAGAAAUUUCUGCUUCAUCUGGCACUAUAUGAAGACAUACUAGCUGGGCUUUCUUCUCUCUCGCUUGCAUUUCAGAGUGAUGACAUUUGUUUGCCUGAGGUCAAGGACAAAGUACAAUCAGUACUCUCAGUUCUGCAGGACAUUUCAAAAGGUGAGAGUAUGGGUCCAAAGGUGCAGACUAUGCUGGAUGCCUGUACAAAGGGGGAGUAUCGUGGAAUCCAGUUUGAAGCUUCCGAGGAGGAAAGACACACCUUUACCAGCCAGUUUGUCAAAAGACUUGUAGAUCUUCUCAUCAAGUGCUUGGAGGACAGGUUUGAAUCAUUUGUCACAGAUGAAGUGUUCACUGCUGCAACCUUCCUGGAUCCAAAGAAUUGGCCUAUAGAUCAUGAUGACUUCAAAUCUUAUGGCGAUCGUGAAGUUUUCCAGCUACUGAAACACUUUGAGGGUGUUUUGGGUCCAGCAGGAUGUGACACAGAUGUAGCACUAGCAGAAUGGAGUAGGUUGAAAAAGAUUGUCGCUCUGCAUUACAGCACACCCUCUUCAUGGCGGGAUUUCUGGCCUAUGAUCUUCAGGAAGAGGAAGGAGGAUUUUCCUAACUUUUUCCACCUCAUUGAAGUUCUUCAGGUGAUUCCUCUAGCCACUGCUAAAGUAGAGAGAGCCUUCUCCUUGAUGGGCCGUGUGAAAACUGACUGGCGAGUGAAUCUGGCCACAAGCACCUUAGCAGAUCUGAUGAUGAUUGUCCUAGAAGGUCCAAGUGAAGAGGAGCACAGUGUUGCAGAUGCAGUAAGAUGCUGGUACAGAGGAGGCCAACAAAACAGACGCCCUGAUGUUCAACCUUAUGGCAAGCGGAAUGCUCAAUGCCAGUGAAGGCUGUUCAGGAACUAUCCAUGCAUGACUUCUUUGACUGAAGAUUGUGAACAGCAGAGAUUAGAAUGGAACAAAUCUAACAAGUUAUAUAACAGAUGAGAACUCUAACUACAGCAGAACAUGAUAUUGUUUGGGGUUUUAUUUUUCAUGUUAUUUGGCAACAGUUUAUGACAGCAACUCACUUCUCAUUCUCAUUUGAGCACUUAAUGGAGUGUCUUUAACUUCCAGUUUUUUUUUUGAAAUUUGGAGUGAUAUCUAUUCAUCAUUCAUGACCAGUUCUUCACCACCAGUUUUCAUGUAUUAAACUAUAGACCAGCUGGCAGUUGCUAUUUACAAAAUCUUAUACUGACAAGGUUUUCUUUUACCAGAUUUACCAAUGAUAUUUGUGUUACAGUGCUGAUCAACUUAUCACUUGACAGUUUUAGUCAUGUCAUUUUAAUCAAAAUGUUCCAUUUUGUUGAAAUAGUUCAGUAUUUAGGAUUGCAUUCCAUCACCUUUCUCAUUCUCUGUAACAGACAUCACCUUUCUUAUUCUCUGUAUUAGCUGGUAUGUGAUACAGUAACUGUUUAAUUGUAUCACAGCAGGCACAGACCAGCUGUUACAGAGAAUGAGAAAGGUAACAGUGCUGAUCUGGGAAGAAAAUAAGUGAUGGAAUGCAAUCCUAAAUUUGCUUCUUGCUACUGCCAAUGCUACAUGUAAAUGCUGGCCCUUUUCAACAAAGUGGAAUAUUCAGUACUCAGUAGCAAUGGAGUCAUUGGAGUCAUCAACCAACUUUAGUUUGAUUUAUUUACCUUCUCACUCUGUUUAAUAUGCAGUCUGUCUUAUACUCUAGACACAAUGAAUUCUAUGCUAACUCUCUUACAUAAAAUUAAUUGUGCCAGUGCAGAAUUGUGCUCAGGAAAAAUGCACUGGAGUUCAGCUUGACAGUAGUGUAGUUGGCAAAUAAUGCCUCCUCAGUACCCUCAGUAUCAUAAAGUCAUAAAUAGUAAAACUACAAUAAGUGUGCUUGGGUAUGAUGUAGCAAUUAUCACUGACAUGUAUGCAUUAUGUUUUCAAGUCCUGAUGUCUUGUUGAUUAAAAGAAUAACCAGGUAAACUUGCCAUUUCCAAUUACUGUAAUAACCAAUUUUGUUGGUCCUUCUGUAGCCACAUUCAGCAGCACACCCAAUCAAGCUGCAGUGCUGCACCCAAUUCAUAUUUCCAUCAAUACUGCCAAUGUUUAACCAUGGGCAGCAUUGAUGGAAAUCAUGGAAUUAUUAAUUUGGUGCAGCACUGCAGCUUGAUUGGGUGUGCCUGCUCAGCUGGAUAUGUUGCUCAAUAGCCACUCAUUCAACUGCUCAUCACUAUAUCACCCAGGGCUGAUAUCACUAUCAAAGUUGAGACAAAACUGAAGAAUAAACAAGCCUGGACAUUCAUAUAUGGUGAACACCUUUCUUUAAUAUCAUAUAUGAUUAUAUGUGAUCUUUGAGUCUAUUUGAACAAAUCCUCAACCAAAAUGCAAACUUACAUGUAUACAGUAAUUACAAUUAAAAAUGUUCUGAGCUUUUAGGCGUCACAGUGAGUUUCGGAAUGUCAAAAGGUAAUUGCUGAUAUGCGAUAAAAAAAAGUAGCCCCAUGAAUUAGAAAAUAGCCCCAAGAUAUUCAGUGGUAGCCCCAAUUAAAAAAAAAAAGUAGCCCCUAAAAAAAAAAAAUUAAUUCCUACCCUGAUACCACUUUCCUUCAUAUUUGAUUGGUUGAGUUGAUUAAUGUGAGUGCAUUGGCACCUGUAAGUCAGUGCUGACCUGUGCCGACUGCAAAGAAACGUUAGCCUAACAGAGGCUAGCGCUUGUUAGCUCAGUCACAUCUUUCGGAUUGUGAAGUCAAAACAGUUAUUUGAAUUUUUAAGCAAUGCAUUGUUGUAACAUUAGCCAUAGCUGCCAUAUUACCAGUUGU